UUUUGUCCAUUAACAGUAUAAAUUCAGAGUGAGUCAACUCGUUUUCAGUCGAGAAAAACGGGAGAAAAUACGCAAAAAAAUGAGAUUGCUAAUCCCUAUAAAUAAGAUUUAAUCAAAUUGGAAGAACCUUCUGUGUGAAGUAGCAGAAAAUUACUGGUAGUAAUUAGACUUUUUAGAGUGUUCAACUAAACUAUACUUCUUCUUUUUUAAUAAUAUUUCUUUAGAACUUUAUAAUAUAUACUAGCAUUUAAUUUUCUCUGGAAGAAUCUGUUUUGAGGUUACUUUGAGUAUUUCAAUUAUGUCGCAGACCAACUGGGAAGCCGAUAAAAUGUUGGAUGUUUAUAUACAUGAUUACUUUGUAAAGAGGAAAUUACAUGCUUCUGCUAAAGCUUUUCAGCAAGAGGGGAAAGUAUCUACAGACCCUGUUGCGAUCGAUGCUCCUGGUGGAUUUCUCUUUGAAUGGUGGUCAGUGUUUUGGGAUAUAUUUAUUGCAAGGACUAAUGAGAAGCACUCAGAUGCUGCAGCUUCUUAUAUUGAGACUCAAAUAUCUAAAGCAAGGGAAUUGCAACAAUUAAAUCAACAAAAAUCACAGCAACAACAUCUCCAUAUGCAGCAACAAAUUAUUUUGCAAAGGCAGGCACAGCAGCAGCAACAGCAGCAGCGGAGAGAUGGUGCCCAACUUAUAAAUGGCAAUGCCAAUGGAAUUACAAAUGGUGAUCCUCUGAUGAGGGCGAACCCUGGAAGUGCAAAUGCUAUGGCCGCAAAGAUGUAUGAGGAUAAAUUAAAGCUGCCACUUCAAAGAGAAGCAUCAGAUGACAACAAGACAAGGUUUGGGGAAAAUGUAGGCCAUCUUUUGGAUCCAAAUCAUGCAUCACUUCUAAGAUCCGCUGCAUGUGGUGGCCAGCAUCAAGGGCAAGCUUUGGCUGGGACUCCUGGAAGCAUGUCAGGGAAUCUUCAGCAGUAUCCAAAUCGAACAUCACAAAUUCCUCAUUCAGCACAAGUAUCUGAAAUGAAACCUGAGAUGAAUCCCAUGAUGAAUGCUAGAGCGGGCGGUCCACCUGGUCAAGAAGGGUUGAUGGGAGUUCCUGGGUCAAAUCAAGGUGGUAACAGUUUGACAUUAAAAGGGUGGCCACUCACAGGUUUUGAUCCAAUUCGAUCAGGGAUUCUUCCUCCUCAAAAACCAAUGAAUCAGUCGCCCCAGCCUUUGCAUAAUGCACAUGUGCAGCAGCAAAUGGUCUUGCAAGCACAGCAGAACUUGGCUUCCCCCUCCAUGGAUAUGGAGGCCAGGAGGAGAAUGAUUCUUAAUGGUAACAGAAAUGUGAGUCUUGGGAAAGAUGGACAGCUAAAUACUGUAGGCGAAGUUGUUUCAAAUGUUGGUUCACCAGUACAAGUUGGCUGUUCAGUUUUGCCUCGAGGGGACUCUGAUAUGCUAAUGAAGCAACAAUUACCAAACAACAGCCAACCUCAACCUCAGAAUCCUCAAAUUGGACUCUCGAGUCAGUCACCUCAGAAUCCUAACCAGAUCAAUCAGCCUGAUAAAAUGGGUUCUGGCAGCACGGCUAUUGAUGCUAAUAUGUCUAACUCAUUUCGAGGAAAUGAUCAGGCUUCGAAAGGUCAGAUGGGGAGGAAGAGAAAGCAGCCAGUUUCGUCUUCAGGCCCUGCUAAUAGCUCGGGUACUGCAAAUACUGCAGGCCCUUCUCCCAGUUCAGCACCUUCCACACCAUCAACACAUACACCAGGGGAUGUUAUGUCCAUGCCAAAUUUACCACAUAAUGGUGGUUCCUCGAAGCCUUCCCUUAUAUUCGGUUCUGAUUGUGUAGGCACACUCACAUCAGCUCCGAAUCAAUUGGCUGAUUUGAGCCGCUUUGGCGAUGAAGCGACUUUGGAUGACAAUGUUGAGUCUUUUCUGUCUCAUGAAGAGGGAGAUCCAAGAGAUGUUGUGGGUCGGGGUAUGGAAGUCAGCACAGGUUUCACGUUCAAGGAAAUGGCCCUUAUUCAAGCUAGUACUAGCAAAGUCAACUGCUGUCACUUCUCGUUCGAUGGAAAGCUGCUUGCCACAGGUGGCCAUGAUAAGAAGGCUGUUUUGUGGUUCACUGAUACUCAAAAACCGAAGUGUACUCUGGAGGAGCAUACUCAUAUGAUAACAGAUGUUCGAUUUAGUCCAGGCCUGUCGCGACUGGCAACAUCGUCAUUUGAUAGAACUGUCAGGGUCUGGGAUGCUGAUAAUACUGGCUACUCGCUUCGGAAUUUCACUGGUCACUCUACCUCUGUGAUGUCAUUAGAUUUCCAUCCAACCAAAGAGGAUCUUAUUGUCUCUAAUGACUCAAACGGGGAGAUACGGAUCUGGAGUAUCACUAAUGGUAGUUGUCCUAAAGUUUCAGAGGGUGGCACGGUUCAGGUCAGAUUUCAGCCUCGUACUGCAAAGUUUCUUGCUGCUGUGUCAGAGACGGUUAUUAAUAUGAUCGAGGUGGAGACCUUCUUAUUGUUUCAGCAAUUAAAGGGCCACUCACAAAAAUUUCAUUCAGUCUGCUGGGAUGCUGCUGGUGAACGUCUUGCUUCUGUAAGCGAGGACAUGGUCAGAGUUUGGCGUAUCAACAGCACUAGCGGCAAAUUCCAAUGCAUUCACGAGCUGAACUGUACUGGCAACAAAUUUAAUACCUGUGUAUUCCACCCCGUAUAUAAUUCUCUUAUUAUCAUAGGCUGUUAUCAGAAUUUGGAACUCUGGAACACGCAGGAGAACAAGACGAUGACUUUGGCAGCACACGAAGGACAGGUUACUUCCUUGGCUACAUCUAGUGUCUUGGGUUUGGUCGCUUCGGCUAGCCACGACAAGUGUGUAAAGCUCUGGAAGUGAUACGAGUACGGGUCACAUGCUUUUUUUAAGGGACCCGAUGUUUUACAGAGAUUAGACCACUUCUGUUUUAGGAAACUCCUGAACUGUGUUUGAGAUUUAAGCAUAGAAUUCAUGUUUAUAUUCCUAUACUUAGAAUGAAUGGAACUGACUUGUGCUUAGUGAAUAGGAUUCCUACAUUGCUGUUUGUUUUUGUUUUCCAGUGCUAACUCAGCAGCUGUAUGAUGAUAUUCUAAAACUAAACGAGUUUUCCUUAUCUUAAGAAUGCAUUUCUUGCUGUACUUAUUUUCAGGAUAUGAUCUUAUUAUCCAAGAUUGUAAAGUUCUUAUAGGUUUUAUAAAUUAUUUAUUCAUA